CGUUUCCAACCUGGCGAGGCGGCAUCUCAAGACCAGACAAGCUGCGUCCAUCCACGAGCGGCUAUAGCCAACGUUCGAACCCAACCCGAGACCAGCCUUGCGACACGAUGGCCACCUUCCGAACCAGACCGUCGACAGCGAUAGCAGUAGCCACUGCUCUCCUCUACGCAGGCGUAGCAUAUGCGCAUGGAGGACAUGACGAGAUUCCAGAAGGCGAGGCUAUUUCAGCAGCACCGAUUGACAGCACAUUAUGGGCGCACAUCCUCAUACAGUGCUUUGCCUGGGGUAUCCUCUAUCCCACAGGAAUGGUACUUGGACUUGUACGAUCAAGAUGGCACGUACCUGUACAAAUAGCAGCAACAGCUAUUGCGAUACCUGGGUACUUCCUUGGGCAUGCGCACAAGGGAAGACAGUUUGGUCCCAACGUACACGCCAAGUUUGCGAAUAUCCUCAUGCUCAUCAUGAUUGUGCAGGUUGGAAUUGGUAUCUACCUGAAGAUGCACAUUGAAAGAGGAUUUCUUGGAAUCGUACGCAAGCAGUUGGUUAGAGGACAUGGAAUUCUGGGUGGUGUCAUGCCUGUGGCAAUCUGGGUGCAGUUCCUCUUUGGCGGUAUUGCAUCGCAAGGCUUUUGUCAAGGCGACCACCUCGGACAAUGCCUGGCUCAUUUCAUCAUGGGCUCAGCAUUCAUCGCUUAUGGAAUUGUCCUGACUAUCAUGCUAUUGAACGGCCAAGCAUUCCUUGCGCGAACCAGAAGAAGUCAGGAGUUCUUCGACAGCUUGGUCAUUGCUCUGUGGGGAUGUGUGAACACUUUCACCGAGCAUAGAUGGGGACAGCCGUGGGUCAAAAAUGAUUUGCAGCAUACAAGUAUGGGCAUUAUUUGGUGGGCCGCAGGACUGGUUGGUAUCUGGCUGUCUCGAGACCGACAAGGACGACCAAAGCGAAACCUUAUUCCCGCAAUUGUCAUCAUCUUCACAGGCUGGGCCAUGAGUGCACAUCCGCAAGAUUUAGUGCUCAGCACACAUGUGCACUCGAUCUUUGGUUACACGCUGAUGAGCGCUGGUGGUGCCAGGAUCAUCGAAAUUGCGUUUGUACUCAAGGACCGCAAUACACUGGUCGGGCCAGAUGGUGGUGAUGUUGAUGCCGAGAUCAGCAGCUUCCAGUACCUGACACCAUUCUUCCUUUACGCCUCUGGCUUCCUCUUCAUGGGUGCCACAGAGGAGCAAAUGAAGCUUCUUUCUGAUGCGGGCGUUACCCAUGUGGCGUACAUCUUGAUUCUGUACAGCAUCUCGUUCUUACUCUUCCUAUUCGUACUCAUGCUACUUCACCUUUACUCAUCGUACAGCAAUCCAACGACGAAGGGCAAACAAGCAGUGAAACUCGGCGACGAGGAAGUGCCGAGAGCGAAUGGACACGCCAGACUUCCAACUGCGACCGACAGACAAGCGGCCGAUGCUCAGGAGUUUGAGCUGGAAGGACUCAUGAGCGAUGAUGACGAAUCCGCCAACGGGCAUCCGAGAGCGCGUUGAGAUGUAUAGAACGUUAUAAGAGAAAUUUAAUGCGAGAACAUUAGUAAACGU